AUGGCGGCGUGGUCGAGACCGGCGCUGGGGCUGGUACUGGUGGUACUGGUGAUGAUGGUGGUCACCGCCGCCCUGCCAGGCCCCACCAAGCCCCACAUCUACCUGAGCAGCUGGGCUGUGCGGGUGGCGGCGGGGCCGCGGAAGGCCAGGGACCUGGCCCGCCGGCUUGGCCUUCUCUGCCUGGGCCAGGUGAUGGAGGGAGAGCCUUAUUAUCAUUUCAAACACCGCGGCACCAGGCAGAGAGCCUUAAGCAGACACUGGGGCUGGAAUAUGCGUCUGACAAAAGAGCCAAAGGUCCUCUGGUUUGAGCAGCAAACUGUGAAGAGGCGCACAAAGAGAAGCAUCAGCGUGGUGCCAACAGAUCCUUUGUUCCAUCAACAGUGGUACAUGAACAAUGACAUCGAUCCUGAUCUAAACAUCCUCAGUGCUUGGAGCAAAGGGUACACCGGGCUGGGGGUUGUGCUGACCAUCCUGGACGAUGGGAUUGAGAAGGAUCACCCGGACCUGUCUGCCAACUAUGACCCCCUGGCAAGUUAUGACUUCAAUAACAACGACCCCGAUCCCCAGCCCAGGUACACCACCAUGGACGAGAACUGGCAUGGGACACGCUGUGCAGGAGAAGUGGCGGCUGUUGCCAACAACCAAAUCUGUGGAGCAGGUGUUGCAUACAACGCCAAAGUUGGAGGUGUGCGGAUGCUGGAUGGUCUCAUCACGGACAUGGUGGAGGCUCAGUCCCUCAGCCUGCAUCCCCAGCACAUCCAUAUCUACAGUGCCAGCUGGGGCCCCAUGGAUGAUGGGAAGACUGUGGACGGGCCAGGUGUGCUGGCUGCGAAGGCCUUCUACAGAGGGGUCAAAAAAGGACGGGGUGGUCUUGGCUCCAUCUUCAUCUGGGCCUCUGGCAACGGUGGGAUCAACUACGACAACUGCAACUGCGAUGGCUACGCCAACAGCAUCUACACCUUGUCCGUGGGCAGUGUUCUGGCAGGCGGCCAGAGGCCCUGGUACAGCGAGGGCUGUGCUGCCAUCCUCACCACCACCUACAGCAGCAGGACCACGAGCGAGGUGCAGAUUGUGACCACCGACCUGCACCACCGCUGCACCAACAAGCACACGGGCACCUCCGCCUCGGCUCCACUGGCCGCAGGAGUGAUCGCCCUCGCACUGGAGGCCAACCCAGCACUGACCUGGCGUGACCUGCAGCAUCUCGUCGUCAGGACCUCCAAGCCCACUCACCUGCAGGCAGAAGACUGGGCUGUGAAUGGGGCUGGACGCAAGGUGAGCCACUACUACGGCUACGGGCUCCUGGAUGCUGGUCUGCUGGUGGAGAUGGCCAAGGCAUGGACAGGAACUCAGCCUCAGCAGAAGUGUUCGGUCAAGGCGCUUCAUGCCCCUCAGACCAUUGGCUCCAAGCUCACCGUCUCUACAGAUGUCUCCUUCUGCUCUGGGAGGACCAAGUGCAUCCGCUCGCUGGAGCACGUCCAGGUCCAGCUCUGUCUGAGCUACAGCCGCAGAGGGGACCUGGUGAUCACUCUGACCAGCCCGAUGGGGACUACGUCCACGCUGGUGACCGUGCGCCCAUAUGACACCAGCCAGCAGGGCUACAAGGACUGGACCUUCAUGUCCACCCACUUCUGGGACGAGAACCCCAAUGGGACCUGGGUGCUCCAGCUAGAGAACAAGGGUGAUGCCUAUAACACAGGUCUGCUGACCAGCUUCAUCCUGCACCUCCACGGCACAGACGAGGACAUGGUGGCCAGGCGCUUUGCAGCCUCUGCUGUGGACAAGUGCAUCAGGCGGGACGCGCAGGGAGCCUGCGAGGAGUGCAACGGCUCUUCGUACGCCUACCAGCGCUCCUGCCUGCCCUACUGCCCUCCACGCUCCUACAGCCGUACCUGGAGAGCCAGUGCCACAGCCAUGGCCCGCGUCUGUGCCAGCUGCCACCCCUCCUGCUACACGUGCCAGGGCGCUUCGGCCAACAACUGCACAGCCUGUCCCUCCUCCUGCACCUUCGACGAGCUCACCCACUCCUGCUCCCCUCCGCAGGGCUUCCCCCCCGAGGAGCGGCUGCAGGGUGGCCGUCUCCCUGUCUUCAUCUGUGGCAGCCUGAUCCUCUCAGCCGGCCUUUAUGUCACAUAUCGUGUGGCCUUUUGCUGUGUGAAAGGUAGCGCCUGCUGUCCCCGGGUUGGAAGGUCAGUGUGACACCAGCCUGGGGUGCAGGGACACAGGCUGCUGGAUCCCAGCUCGGGACAGAGCUGCCCUCCCCUG